AUUGACUCUUUCAAGGCAGUAGUGAACAAACAUAGAGAUCAAAUGUGAAAGUAUCAUUACAGACUCAUACAUUUUUAUCUCUAAACAAAUUACCGAAAAUCUUAGUCUGAUGUUUUCAUAAGAUAAUUACUGCAGUUAUUGUAAACGUUGCCUUUUCAAAUUGCUUUGCGGAAAUGGUGCUUAGAAUAAUCAUAUUCCUUAUGAUGGCUUCUGGAGGCGUAUGCCAAGUAGGCAUUGGAUCAGAAUUGCGCUGCUACCAGUGCAACUCACUUACUCAACCUCAUUGCGGAGACUAUUUUGACAAUCGCACCUUUCCACUUGUCGCUUGUCCAAACGAUGGCAAGAACUAUUCUAGAUGUGUGAAGAUGAUCCAAGAAAUGUAUUUAGAUGGAAAAUGGACUAGACGAUAUUAUAGAGAUUGUGCAGUCACUGGUGUAAUUGGUGCAGAAGAUGGUCGUUGGUGUAUAGAUCGUUUAGGUACUUAUCGAGUUAAAGUUCGUUACUGUAAUUGUAACAAUAAAAAUGGAUGUAAUUCAAGUACAUUAUUAUCUUUUUCAAGUAUACUUAACUUUUUCUUGAUUAUCAUAUCCUUAUUUUAUAUCUCUCAGAUUCUAAGAGUGUAAAUUAAAGUAUUCUAAAAAAUCAGUAUAUAUUUGUGAAUAAGAAUUUUUAUCAUUUAUUGAUUUAUUGGCUUUUCUGACUGAUUUGAAAGUGGUGCAUUAAUUGUUAAGAACUCAACUACAGGAUCAUCUAAGAUAAUUCAUAGAUAAACAAAUGAAUUACGUCCACAAGUUAUUUGAUUAUUAUAAAAGAUAUAAAGUGUAUAUUAUCUACUUUCUAUGACAUACACAUUAAGCAUAUUUUUGUUUUACAUUAACCUAUAACCUUCUACAUAAUCAUGUACAUAAAAAGUUAAAUAAUCCUAAUCUGAA